GUGUUUUGGUGAACGUUCAUUCGGAAUUGGCUAUGUAUUGUUCGGCGAUAAGCGAUAAGCGAUAAGUGACGAUCUUUGUUUUUUUUCUUGGGUCGUACAAUUGAAAAGUAAAUAAGAAUGAAGUUGACACAUCUUUGAGCAGUUAGUUGAUUUGCGGCAAUUGACACGAAUAAUCAUCAGCUAAUUAAAAUACAUACGGCGACAACGAUAAUAAGUGGUUGUAAAAAUCAAACAACUAAAUAAAGCGUUUUUUUUCUAUCUCUCUACAAUAUUUAUUGUGUUUUCAACUUGAAAAAUUGUUACUUUUAAGUGGUUUGAUUGAAGUGGCGCAAACAUUGUCAAUAGUAUCGAUUAUUAUUCUCAAGAAAGGAAAACGUGUUGAACAAAAAGAGCUAAAUCAUGGGAAAAGUGCAAAUUGUUGAAGAUUCAUUCGGCUAUAUGCAGAAUCCGAUCACCAGAGAUGGCGAACAAGUGAAACGAUUCACAUUUAGCAACGAUAAUGUUUCGAUCAGCUGUAUCACUUAUGGAGCGACGGUGACAUCGAUUCGUUGCCCUGAUAAAUAUGGCAACAUCGCUGACAUUGCACUCGGUUUCGAUGAAUUGGAAGGCUAUCGUUCAAAAACGAAUCCAUAUUUUGGUGCUUCGAUCGGACGAAUUUGUAAUCGCGUCGGGAAUGGACGAUUUGAUUUGAAUGGACAACACUUUGAAGUGGAUAAGAAUCUCAAUGGCGUUCAUCAAUUGCACGGCGGAACCAUUGGCUUUGACAAAUUCAAUUGGCAAGCACAUCAAUUUGAAUCGAAAGUUGUGAUGACUCACGUAAAUCCAGACGGUUUUCAAGGUUAUCCAGGCACCGUAAUGGUUCAGGCAACCUAUGAACUAUUCCCAGAUAACACUUUCUCCGGCAAAUAUACAGCUACCGUUUCGAAGCCAACACCCAUAAAUUUGACAAACCAUUCGUAUUUCAAUUUAGCCGGCCACGAUAAAGGGCAUACGGAAAUCUAUAACCAUGAAGUUACUUUGAAUGCUGAUCGCUAUACGAUUACCGAUCAUGAUUCAAUUCCAACGGGUGCAUUCCAAAAUGUUUCGGGAACAGAUUAUGAUUUGCGCGUUGCUCGAAAUCUCGGCGAAUCAAUUGCCAAAAUCACAAACAAUGGCUACGACGACAAUUUCUGUGUGACUCGUGGUACAGAUCAAUCGCUAGCAUUUGUUGCUCGUGUAAGCCACCCGAAAUCGGGCCGUGUGUUAGAGGUGUAUAGCGAUCAGCCAGGCGUUCAAUUCUACACGUCAAACUUCAUGCCAGAUCCAAAUAAUCAGAUUUAUCCUGAAGGUAAAAAGCGUGAAAAUAAAGCACCAAGCGAUGCAACGGAGCCAAUCUUUGGCAAAGAAGGCGCACUCUAUUUCAAGCAUGGUGCAUUUUGUUUGGAAACUCAAAACUAUCCGGAUGCUGUCAAUCAUCCAAACUUCCCGAACUCAAUUGUAAAUCCAGGCGAUGUGUAUAAACACGAAUUUGUGUACAAGCUUUUCACCAGCUAAGCACUAGAUUCGAAAAAGGAAACAUUCCAUUUCGAAUGUUUGGCGCGCAAAAUGCAUUUAUCUUAACUUUUAACGGCAUAAAAUCUUCUCCAAACUAAUUUUGGUAGACAUUAAAAUCAUGAAUUAAUAAAUUUCGUUUGAAAUAACAAAAACCAAUUGUUUCAGCAAAUAAAAUUAGAGAAUUUUAAUUAUUUUUUUUCUUAUUGAAGAAAAUAGUUUCACAACAAUAAAUUACAACUACAACUUACUUAUUUCGAAAGUUGACAUUUCAUUUUCGAAAAAAAAUCGUCCAGGAAGAAAUAAAUGAAAAAAUGACCUUGUCUCAGCACUACUUCAAUGUACUAGGAAAUAUAAGUAAAUUCAAUAACAAUUUUGAAAUAAUUAAGAUGCAUUCAUCAGAAUCGCGCACAUAAAAUGCUAUUUUUUCCUCAAGAAUAAUAUCUGCGAUAAAUUUGCUAUCAAGGCAUUUACGAUUCUGUUUAAAUGCAAUUUUCUACGGUCAGACUGACGAUAGCAACGAUGGUAUACUAGUACGUGCCGUAUGGAGGAAAAAAAUUUCAAUUGAUGUAGCUAUUAGUAAGUGCCCUUUAGUUCGAAAAUACUGUGAUGGGUUAUCCGAAUGGCGGGAAAUAGUUAAUAAAAGCGGUCCGAUGGCGUUAUACAAUCAAAUCGGAAUACAACGUGACCACUGAAUAACAACAAUUUGCUUAUCUGCAUGUAAAUGUAUUGAAUUCGAUUCUGAAAUUUUUGUGCUGCUACCUUCGGUUACAAAAAGAUAACCCAUGGAAAAAAUAUUUGUAGAAAAAAAAAUAAAAAAUAAAUUUUCCAAGCCAUUUUUAAUAUAUAUCGGAAAAAAAUCAUUAGCUUCUUUGUUCAGAAAGGAAAUCAAUCGAGCAUAUCUCAGCCGGCGACAGCAGGUGCGAGUGACGAAAGUCCAAUAAUAAGCAUUCGAUUUUAUUACACGCGUCUAGAGUAAGAUAGAAUCAGUCAAUAAGUAACGGGCACAUUUUCCUACUAGAAAAUCAGAUUUCCACUUUUUUGUGCAAUAUGCUUAUUUCGGGCAGGGGCAAUUAUAAGAUUAAGCAUACAAUGCUACGUAUAUAUGCAAUGAUGGAAUGAAAAGAGCAAAUUUUUCUUUUACACAAAGAUCAUUUAAUCUAUGGAAUUAAUUAAGUACAAUUUUUGGCGAUUCUUUCAUGAUGUUUACAUAAUUUUACUUUCAUUUUUAUAUGUAUCGUAUAUGUGUGCAUGAGUGUAUGUGAGUGAAUGUGAGUGUAUGUGUAUGUAUGUAUAUAUGUGUUGGUCUUUUGUUAAAUGCGACUGGCUCCAAUAUUUCAAAUGUUUAUGUUUUCAAAGCAAUUUGGUAUUCCUUGUAGUUGUGUGUUGUAAUAUGUCAAAUUUGGGAGGCGUUUACAAUAAUAAUAAUUUAUAUAUCAGAGAGGUUUAAUUUGCUCAUCCAAACAUACACCACUGGAAUUGUUUAAAUUCAUCUUAAGAUUCAUUUUGUUAAAUUAUUCGUUAUCAUUAAAUUAGUUAUUAUAAUAAUAAUAAAGGUGUUUUGUUGUUGUUGUUGUUGUGUAAUAUCUAAAUUCUAAAUUCAUUAACAUACAUACAUACAUAAAUAUUAUAGAAUUUAUUACGAUUAAUAUUUGAAUUAUUAAUUGUAUUGUUUCAUUGUUGUUCUUCUUUCUGUUGUAUUCCUUUUCAUCUUUAUUAAUUUAAGGUUGCAUAAGCCUCGAUACAGUCGCUCAAUAGGAAAAUUAAGUAAAAUCGUGCAUACGUUACAAACAUCAAUCGAAUCACAUAUUGGAACGUGUUUUAUAACAAACUCGCAUUUAUAUCAUUAUCAUUCGUGUGUUUAUUACUGCAUCUAAUUCCUAUUCUGUGUUUGUGUUUGCUAUUCCAAAAACCACAGAAAAUAGAACACACUCUACUCCCAAACCUGAAUCAAUAUAUAAAUGAACCAUUUUCUUCUUGUUUUUUUGUUUCACUACAUACGAAAUUAUUAUCGCUGCUAAAUUACGAUGCGAAUUAGAAUUAAAAAAAAUACAUAAUUAUAAUUAAAUUGUAAUAAAUUAAAAUCACAAAAAUACAAUAGUUAUACAGAAGACACAAAAAAAAAUAAACGAAAGAAAUGUAAACGAUUGUCCUAAUAAAUAGUAA